AUGGCAACGCUGGUAAUAGUGGUCAAUGAAUUGUACGCCAUACUCUCCAUUGCGACGCUGUUGGCAAGCCAAUUAGUUAACGCCGAUGUCAGCCAUUUAUCCAGUAAUCAAUAUUUGCCGCCCAGCGCUCACAGCUAUUCCGGUGAAAAUGCAAUCGUGUCCUACCAGUCGCCAGCGCAGCAGCAUGAACAGCACUACCAACAUCCACAGAAGAGUUUUCUGUCCAGUGGCAUUGAGAUUAUCCGAUCGGUUCCCAUCGUUAGUUUUUCUUUGGGCAAUGCAGCGCCCGAACAGCCUGUCUUGUCUAUUCCUCCGCCGGCGGAAGAACACAAUGAUGGCUCUUUUAAGUACGGUGUUCCAGCUGGCGCUCCUGCACCACUGAGUUAUGCUGUUCCAGCUUCAGCACGAACCUACGCGGCUCAGCCUCAGCAAUCUUAUUCAGCUCCACCAACGAUAUCCAAUCAAUAUCUUCCUCCAGCUUUAGCAUUAGCUCCACAGAGUUUUUCGGCUGCGGCUAUUCCGAUCGAGCAGAAUUACUCUGCUCCACCUUCAGCUGGGCCAUCCUAUUCUGUCCCUGCUCAGCAAACCUAUACGGCGCCAGAACCAGAGCCAGCGCCAGCCCUCCAGCCACAGCUAUCUAGUGAAUAUCUUCCACCCGUUUCGGCGCCUUCUCCUCAAGCCUUCCAAGUUUCGACUGUGUCAGCCGAUGAGGAGUAUUCUGCACCAGCACCGGCCGAUGCACAGCCCCAACCAGCACCUCAACAAACUUAUGUGGCGCCAGUACCAGCCCUGCAACCACACAUUUCCAAUGCUUAUCUACCACCUGCUUCGGCGCCUGCUCCGCAGACGUACUCCGCCCCAGCCGCUACUCCAGUUCACAACACUGCCCAAGCUCCGGCUCCUAUAUCUCAGGUUUUCAGCGCGCCCGUUCAGCAGUCAUAUUCUGUCCCAGCUCAGCAGAGCUUUGUUGACGCACCUCAGGUUUCAAGUGGCUAUCUUCCACCUGCAGCAGCACCUGCACCCCCAACACAAACUUACUCAAUCGCUCAGGAGGUAGUCGAAAAUCAUUCCGAGCAUGAACAAAAAAGUAGCCAAUCAGGUGGCAAGGUCCUAACCCAAACAACUGUACAAAAUUCGUCGGAAAAUCAGCGAGUAAACGCGCCAGUUACACAGCAUGUCGCAGCUCAAGCGCCGUCUUUGCCUCAGCAACAAUCGCACACAGAGUAUCAAUCAAACGAAGUAUCAUCGCCUGUACAACAGACCCACGGUGCGCCAGCUCCUGAACCAGCACCAGCGCCAGUAGUUCAACAGUACUUGCCUCCAACUGUUGUUAACCAACAACACCAAGCACCUGUAGGAAAAGAAAACUCAGCGUCUGCAGCUCCUCAUCAAUCGGGUCCAGUUCAAAUCUCGAUCCAGGAUUCUCACACUGCAGAUGCACCAGCUCCAGUCAGCCAAGAAUAUUUGCCACCAGCUCCACAAAAACAAACUUAUUCGCCUCCAGCUGCAGCACCAAUUACUCAGCAGUCAUAUUCUGCACCUACUGAUGCUCCAACUCCAGUUAGCCACCAGUAUCUACCUCCAGCUCCCGUUCAAACAUUCAGCGCUCAGUCUUUGCAAACUCCUGUUGAUCAUGAGUCGUAUUCGGCUCCAGCUACAGCUCCUAUUAGUCAGAAAUCAUAUUCUGAACCUGCUGAAACUCCAACUCCAAUUAGCCACCAGUAUCUAUCUCCAGAUCCAGUAAACAAGUCCAAUGCUGAGCCUGUGCCAGCUCCAGUUGGUCAUCAGCCUAAUUCAGCUCCAGUACCAGCUCCUAUCAGCCAACAAUCAUAUACGGCUUCUGCACCAGCGCAAUCUCCAGUUAGCCAUCACUAUCUACCUCCAGCUCCAGUAAACAAAUCCAAUGCUGAGUCUGUGCAAGCUCCAGUUGGUCAUCAGUCUUUUUCGGCUCUAGCGCCAGCUCCUAUUAGUCAGAAAUCAUAUUCAGCUCCUGCACCGGCGCAAUCUCCAAUUAGCCAGCAAUAUCUACCUCCAGCUCAAUCACCGCAAACUCCAAUUAACCAUCAGUCUCAUUCGGUUUCGGCUCCGGCUCCUAUUAGCCAACAAUCAUAUUCAGCACCUGCGCCAGGCCCAACUCCAGUCAGCCUGAAAUAUGCUCCACAGUCUUAUUCUGCGCCAGUUCCACAAAGCCACUCAGUUAGCCAAGCGUAUUUGCCACCAACUUCAGCGCGUCAAAAUUAUGAAGUUCCUGAUACCAUUUCCGCCCCAAUUCAACACAGCAGCCAUUUAGAUUCAGCUGAUUUGAGUCGAACUGUGGUGCAAACCUCUUCAGGCUAUCAGUCGGGGAGUAAUGGCCAAAUACAAUCGUUCCAAAACGAAACUCCAGCGCCACAGCAGUACUCAUCUGUUCCAGCGGCUGUUGUUCAUACUGCCACAAGCUCUCAAGCUUCUUCAGCGGAAGGCAGACCCCAACAAUCUGGCACAAUAUACGGCAGCAACGGUGGCUACGAAUUGUACGCCAUACUCUCCAUUGCGACGCUGUUGGCAAGCCAAUUAGUUAACGCCGAUGUCAGCCAUUUAUCCAGUAAUCAAUAUUUGCCGCCAAGCGCGCACAGCUAUUCUGGUGAAAAUGCAAUCGUGUCCUACCAGCCGCCUGCGCAGCAGCAUGAGCAGCAGUACCAACAUCCACAGAAGAGUUUUCUGUCCAGUGGCAUUGAGAUUAUCCGAUCGGUUCCCAUCGUUAGUUUUUCUUUGGGCAAUGCAGCGCCCGAACAGCGUGUCUUGUCUAUUCCUCCGCAGGCGAAAGAACACAAUGAUGGCUCUUUUAAGUACGGUGUUCCAGCUGGCGCUCCUGCACCACUGACUCCACCAACGAUAUCCAAUCAAUAUCUUCCUCCAGCUUUAGCAUUAGCUGCACAGAGUUUUUCGGCUGCGGCUAUUCCGAUCGAGCAGAAUUACUCUGUUCCACCUUCAGCUGGGCCAUCCUAUUCUGUCCCUGCUAAGCAAACUUAUACGGCGCCAGAACGAGAGCCAGCGCCAGCCCCACAGCCACAGCUAUCUAGUGAAUAUCUUCCACCCGUUUCGGCGCCUUCUCCUCAAGCCUUCCAAGCUCCGGUUGUGUUAGCCGAAGAGGAGUAUUCUGCACCAGCACCGGCCGCUGCACAGCCCCAACCAGCACCUCAACAAACUUAUGUGGCGCCAGUACCAGCCCUGCAACCACACAUUUCCAAUGCUUAUCUACCACCUUCUUCGGCGCCUGCUCCGCAGACGUACUCCGCCCCAGCCGCUACUCCAGUUCACAACACUGCUCAAGCUCCGGCUCCUAUAUCUCAGGUUUUCAGCGCGCCCGUUCAGCAGUCAUAUUCUGUCCCAGCUCAGCAGAGCUUUGUUGACGCACCUCAGGUUUCAAGUGGCUAUCUUCCACCUGCAGCAGCACCUGCACCCCCAACACAAACUUACUCAAUCGCUCAGGAGGUAGUCGAAAAUCAUUCCGAGCAUGAACAAAAAAGUAGCCAAUCAGGUAGCAAGGUCCUAACCCAAACAACUGUACAAAAUUCGUCGGAAAAUCAGCGAGAAAGCGCGCCAGUUACACAGCAUGUCGCAGCUCAAGCGCCGUUUUUGCCUCAGCAACAAUCGCACUCAGAGUAUCAAUCGAACGAAGUAUCAUCGCCUGUACAACAGACCCACGGUGCGCCAGCUCCUGUACCAGCACUAGCGCCAGUAGUUCAACAGUACUUGCCUCCAACUGUUGUUAACCAAGAACACCAAGCGCCUGUAGGGAAAGAAUACUCAGCGUCUGCAGCUCCUCAUCAAUCGGGUCCAGUUCAAGUCUCUAUCCAGGAAUUUCACACUGCAGAUGCACCAGCUCCAGUCAGCCAAGAAUAUUUGCCACCAGCUCCACAAAAAGUAACUUAUUCGCCUCCAGCUGCAGCACCAAUUACUCAGCGGUCAUAUUCUGCACCUACUGAUGCUCCAACUCCAGUCAGUCAGCAGUAUCUACCUCCAGCUCCAGUUCAAACAUUCAGCGCUCAGUCUUUGCAAACUCCUGUUGAUCAUGAGUCGGAUUCGGCUCCAGCUACAGCUCCUAUUAGUCAGAAAUCAUAUUCUGAACCUGCUGAAACUCCAGCUCCAAUUAGCCACCAGUAUCUACCUCCAGAUCCAGUAAACAAAUCCAAUGUUGAGCCUGUGCCAGCUCCAGUUGGUCAUCAGCCUAAUUCAGCUCCAGCACCAGCUCCUAUCAGCCAACAAUCAUAUACGGCUUCUGCACCAGCGCAAUCUCCAGUUAGCCAUCAAUAUCUACCUCCAGCUCCAGUAAACAAAUCCAAUGCUGAGUCUGUGCAAGCUCCAGUUGGUCAUCAGUCUUUUUCGGCUCCAGCGCCAGCUCCUAUUAGUCAGAAAUCAUAUUCAGCUCCUGCACCGGCGCAAUCUCCAAUUAGCCAGCAAUAUCUACCUCCAGCUCAAUCACCGCAAACUCCAAUUAACCAUCAGUCUCAUUCGGUUUCGGCUCCGGCUCCUAUUAGCCAACAAUCAUAUUCAGCACCUGCGCCAGGCCCAACUCCAGUCAGCCUGAAAUAUGCUCCACAGUCUUAUUCUGCGCCAGUUCCACAAAGCCACUCAGUUAGCCAAGCGUAUUUGCCACCAACUUCAGCGCGUCAAAAUUAUGAAGUUCCUGAUACCGUUUCCGCCCCAAUUCAACACAGCAGCCAUUUAGAUUCAGCUGAUUUGAGUCGAACUGUGGUGCAAACCUCUUCAGGCUAUCAGUCGGGGAGUAAUGGCCAAAUACAAUCGUUCCAAAACGAAACUCCAGCACCACAGCAGCACUCAUCUGUUCCAACGGCUGUUGUUCAUACUGGCACAAGCUCUCAAGCUUCUUCAGCGGAAGGCAGACACCAACAAUCUGGCACAAUAUACGGCAGCAACGGUGGCUACGUAUACGAAAAAAUAAAAUAG